CGUCAUCAAAACAAAUAAACAAAUAAAUAAAACCAGGACGAUCUAAAUGUUCGGCCUCUCGAUGAAGGAUGGACGCUGACGAUGUGACCGUCAGAGAGCAAAACUUUCACAGCCAAGUCCGCGAGUACAUUAUUUGUUUCCUUUUGUUUGCUGUUCUUUAUACAGUUUCCUACUUCAUUAUCACCAGAUACAAGAGAAAAACAGAUGAUCAUGAAGAUGAAGAUGCCAUCGUGAACAGAAUUUCGAUGUAUUUGUGCACAUUUACAUUGGCUGUGUCCACUGGUGCAGUUCUGCUGUUGCCGUUUUCAAUCAUCAGCAAUGAGAUCCUGCUUUCUUUCCCACAAAACUACUACAUCCAGUGGUUGAAUGGUUCAUUAAUUCAUGGACUAUGGAAUCUUGUAUCCCUCUUCUCCAACCUCUCAUUAUUUGUGCUGAUGCCUUUCGCCUAUUUUUUCCUGGAGUCAGAAGGAUUUGCCGGAUCAAAAAAGGGGAUUAAGGCACGCAUUUUGGAGACCUUUGUGAUGCUUAUUCUCCUCGCAUUACUUAUAUUGGGAAUAGUCUGGGUGGCUUCAGCUCUGAUUGACAACGAUGCUGCCAGUAUGGAAUCUUUAUACGAUCUUUGGGAAUUUUAUCUCCCUUAUUUAUAUUCCUGCAUUUCUUUGAUGGGAGGUUUACUGCUUCUCUUGUGUACACCAGUCGGACUCUCCACAAUGUUCACAGUGAUGGGACAGUUGCUGGUAAAACCUACGAUUCUCGAGGAUUUGGAUGAGCAAAUGUACUGUGUCAGCCUGCAGGAGGAAGCACUUAUGAGAAGGAUAAAUGGAACAUACAUUACUUCCUAUUUCGAAUACAAUCCAGAGGAGCUCGAACAGGAAUUGGAUGGUGUGAGGGGUGUAAAGUCGAAGCUGGAGCGGCGAAAGAAUGCCUCUGCGUGGGAAAGAAAUUUGGUCUAUCCCGUUGUCAUGUUAAUCCUGCUGUCUGGCACGACCAUCUCUGUCCUGUUGGUUACUUUCAAUAUACUGGCUUUGCUGCUCGAUGAAACUGCAAUGCCAAAAGGAUCACAGGAACUCGGCCUUGGCAAGGCCUCGCUGUCUGCCUUUGGUUUUGUUGGGGCUGCGAUUGAAAUCAUCCUGAUUUUCUAUCUGAUGGUGUCCUCUGUCGUCGGUUUCUAUAGCCUCCGAUUCUUUGCUGGCCUCACUCCCACGAAAGACGACACAGCAAUGCCUAAGAUUAUUGGAAAUUGUGUGUCAAUCCUAGUCCUUAGUUCUGCAUUGCCCGUUAUGUCAAGAACCUUAGGAAUAACACGAUUUGAUCUGCUGGGAGACUUCGGAAGAUUUAACUGGCUUGGCAACUUUUAUAUUGUCGUCUCGUACAAUUUAUUGUUUGCUGUGGUAACCACUCUCUGUCUUAUACGGAAAUUUACAUCUGCCGUUCGUGAGGAACUCUUGAAGGCUUUAGGUUUGGAUAAGUUGCAACUUUCAACCAGUAAAAAAGACGCAGAGAAAGUCCUGCAUUCUGCAAACGGCCAUCAGAAAGCAUUUUGAGUCGACCGGUUUUGGCAAAAUAGUUCAGUCACACAACAUUCCACCUUUCCUCCCGCGCCUCGAACAGGUCAUUUAUUUUCAGCCGAUGCUCAGGGUCAGAGAUGGGUUCUGUCGCGGAAGGAAUUCUGCAUAAAAAUUCGCAUUCGGAAAAGAACGGAGGAAGCGGACAACCGAUGGCAUGAUGGUAACAUCUAACUCGAUGUCCGAGGUUACUCCUGAGUUGACUUUAGCUUAGACUAUAGCACUGCAUUCAGACUGACUGUCCCUUGAGCCUCGUUUUGUUUUGGGAUUCCUUUGGGGACAUUUGGCUAUGCUCGGAAUCCCACUGAAGCAACAGUGAAUCCAUGUCUACCUCUGCUGGAAGCUCCAUCACCAAGCGGAGCGUGUGGUGAUCAUGUUGGCCGUGAUCCAUGCGUGAGUGUCAAUGUCCUCUUCCUCCAUCGGCCUCUACUUUGCUGGAAGUUGCUUACGAUUACAUUGUGGAACCGUGGCCAUUGUCUGGUCUGAAUACGAUCUCCUCAUUUCACAGCUGAGCCAAGUUGGACUCCAGCCACUGCCAAUUUGUGUCCAAAACUGAAGGCAGCAAAAAUGAGCUUUUAGUAGAAAAGAAAUGUUUUAAUUAAAGUCCUGGCUUAUUUGGCCAAACUCCCACGUGGCAUGAAGACAAAUUUGUUUUCAAUCUCCUCUUGUAAAAAUUGGUGUGAUUUAUUGGUGAAUAAAGUUGAGCAAGAUUAGCGCAGCGAUGAGGCUGAUGCCCCAGUUCUAUUGGCUAUUGUAAACCAACGCACCCAAAUUCCCCAAACAAUCCAAUUGCUGGUGAAUAGUCCUCCUCAGCUCUCCUCUGCCCUGGUCUGUUGUGGAUCGAUUGCUGAAGAAUCUGACAGUCGGACCUUUUAGGUCUCUCCUGAACCGAAAGGAAACUGAUUGCAAUGAAUCUACUUGAAGUGUUUUUUUGUUGACUGGUUUGCAGGCCUCUCAGUAUAGGUGGGAAGUUUGUCCAUUUGCUAGACAGUGCCUCUCAUUCCCUCCCACCCACCUCACUGCAUUACAAACCACUUUGGAAUUAUGUUUUUCUGUGUCUCCACCGUCUGACAACAAUCAAAAUCCAUUGUUCACGUUUC